UUACGGGGAGAAUGGCGUGGUAGUUGGUCCUGCGGUUGUUCCCGCGGUUGUUCCCGCGGUUGUUCCCGUAGUUGGUGCAGCGGUUGGUCCCGCGGUUGUUCCCGUAGUUGGUCCAGCGGUUGAUCCCGCGGUUGUUCCCGUGGUUGGUGCAGCGGUUGGUCCCGCGGUUGUUCCCGUAGUUGGUCCAGCGGUUGAUCCCGCGGUUGUUCCCGUGGUUGGUGCAGCGGUUGGUCCCGCGGUUGUUCCCGUAGUUGGUCCAGCGGUUGAUCCCGCGGUUGUUCCCGUGGUUGGUGCAGCGGUUGGUCCCGCGGUUGUUCCCGUAGUUGGUCCAGCGGUUGAUCCCGCGGUUGUUCCCGUGGUUGGUGCAGCGGUUGGUCCCGCGGUUGUUCCCGUAGUUGGUCCAGCGGUUGAUCCCGCGGUUGUUCCCGUGGUUGGUGCAGCGGUUGGUCCCGCGGUUGUUCCCGUAGUUGGUCCAGCGGUUGAUCCCGCGGUUGUUCCCGUGGUUGGUGCAGCGGUUGGUCCCGCGGUUGUUCCCGUAGUUGGUCCAGCGGUUGAUCCCGCGGUUGUUCCCGUGGUUGGUGCAGCGGUUGGUCCCGCGGUUGUUCCCGUAGUUGGUCCAGCGGUUGAUCCCGCGGUUGUUCCCGUG